UACAUACAGAGACGCAGUCAGCUAAAGUUAUGGCUGGCACUUGUGAAUUUUGAUAGGAAUCUCGCAAGACUGGAGAAAAAUAUCAUAAGUUUAGCAGCCGACCUGGAGCAGUUGGGUAUGAUUAGAGCGAACAUUUUCAUCGCAGGGCAUGGAGAAGCAGGCAUCAGUGUUCAGAGGUUAGCCAACAGGAACCCCCAGCAGUUAUCCGGAAUAAUUUUGUUGGGUUCACUUCUUCAAAACGGGACGCUAUUCGAAUACUUUGGAAUGAAUGUGUUGACAGUCGCUGGCGACCUGGAUGGUGUGACAAGGGUCACGCAAAUAGCUCAGACUUUUAAAGUGCUUUCACAAGAAGUCGAGAAAAACAGGGCAAUGCAAUACAAGGCACCAAUGGUCAUUGUGAAGGGUAUCAACCACGGAUCAUUUUCUAAUGAUAUCUUACAAGAGGACAUGAAACGUUAUGAUCUCACUGCUGAGCUACCAAUCAGAAAAUCGCAGAGGUUAAUAGCCAGCUAUAUCAGCUUGUUUCUAUCAUACACUAUUCGAGGGUCUAGAAAUAAGAAACAACGAGAGAGAAUGUCCAAGUGGUUCCGAAAAACUACCAUGUUCCUUCAGCCGAUUCUUGAAAUGGAGAAGAUGGAGUUGAAUCGCUUUUACCAAUCACAGUGGCUCAAUACUGCUCAAAUGUGGUUGUCGGGACUCGGAGGAAACGACACUCAGUUCUUAAGGGUGAAAAGUUAUUCAAUUGAAGAAAAUAUCGGCAUAUCACCAGGUUUAUACAUACGAGACAAUAACGUACGCAUAGUCUACGUAACACUAUUUUUCUAUUUAAAACGAUGCGAGUAUCAGAGCGACUCAUAUAGUCAUCUCGCUCACUCACCGACUGAAAUCAGGGCAUUUAUGCUGAGUCAGAAACGGAUACAGUCCCACUUCUACAACGUCACGAGUGUCAGAGAUUUUACAUGCCGGGAUUUAAAUUACGCGGCGUUCGUCACGGCCCUAUCCAAAGUUCCACCCGAAGUGCUGAAACGUUACUACGGGAAACACAAGGGCGCCAUCUUUCACGAAGACAUUCACAUAAACAAUGAAAAGGAAUGGUGGCAGAGGAAGCUGCUUGUGAACUCCACCGAACACGAACAACACGUGACUGCAUAUCUCUAUGAAACAGAAGUGGAAAGCACAGGAAACGAAGUGGAAGAAGGUGGUGACGGUGGCGGAUUCUUUUACUGUACACUUCUUCCCCCGAGUCGCGUCAUGGAAUGGAUUUACGUUGAUGCUCUGCGAAACAACUACAAUAGCGAAAUCAAUCAAAGAUUUUGUUGACAGAUAUACAGUGGACAGCUAAACAAAGAUUGUACUACAAGAAUUCAUAUCCCAAAAAUCAUACCGAAGUUCGGGCCAUCUCUCGCUCCCGCAUACACCGACCAUAUACAUGUGCAUAUAUGCAUGUAUUCACAUUUGUACAUAUACACAUAUUCAUGCACAACUAUAUAUGUGUGUAUGUGUGCGUAUAUAUGUGUAUAUG